AUGGCCAGUCUUUUUCGUUCAUGGACAGGAUUAAUCCGUCAACCCACCAUUACUCGUACCAUUCAACCUGGUGUCAUGGCAGGAAUGACACUCAAAGCCUCACCUUUUGACCAACGUCGGUUUGCUGGACACAACAAAUGGACCGGUGGUCCGGAUGCAGCCAUGAACUCUCGAUUAGCAGCUGUUCUUAACCGUGCCAAAGCAGCUAGUAUGCCCAAGGACAAUGUUGAAGGUGCCCUGAAAAAGGCAAAUAAUAAAGAUAAGGAUACUGUAGAAGAUAUCAUUUAUGAAUGUUAUGGACCUGGUGGCAUUGCCAUGAUCAUUGAAACCGUUACAGAUAAGAAAUCAAGAACAGUCAAGGAAGUUAAAGAAGUUUUGAACCGUCUUGGGCAAAAAGGCAAAAUUGUUUUUGCUUCUGGAGAGACAGGUCAUUCAUUAGAAGAAAUGAUGGAUUCAGCUAUUGAAGUUGGUGCAGAGGAUAUGGAAGAUGAAGAGGAUCUUGUCGAGAUUACUUGCGAUUAUGCUCAGCUCAACAGUAUCAGUCAAGCACUCACACAGCAAAAAUAUGAAGUUCAGCAGAUGGAAGCUACAUAUGUACCAAACACUUCUGUUGAGAUCACUGACAAAGACACCCUUGAACAGGUUGUCCGUUGUCUCGAUGACAUGGAAAACCUUGAUGAUGUAGUCAAGAUUCACUGUAACGUCAUCCUGCCAGGUCAAGACGAGUAA